AUGCCGCCGACUUACAACAAGGCCUUCAUCCCACUCGAGUCGAAUCCCGAAGUAUUCAACGAACUCAUCAGCCUUCUCGGUGCUCCGCCAUCGCUCCAGUUUGAGGACAUCUUCGCCUUGGACGAUCCCGCGCUGCUCCCAGACAAGAUUCUGGCUCUCGUCCUCAUCUUCCCUACGACACCCACUUUCGAGGCGCGACUGACGGCAGAGGAAGCCGGCGCUCAGGACUGGAUGGUUGAGCACAACGAAGAAGACGAAGACGCCGUGUGGUUUAAGCAGACUAUCAACAACGCCUGCGGGCUGUAUGCCAUUCUGCAUGCAUUGGCAAAUGGCCGCGCAAAAGACUUUCUCAGACCGGGGUCGUUGCUAGACAAUCUGCUGUCUAUCACGGCACCGAUGGACCCCGCUCAGGCUGCCAUGGCACUGGAAGCUUCAACCGAGCUGGAGGACGCCUAUUCUUCGAUCGCCACCAAGGGCGACACAGCUGCGCCGGCGAGUGCUGAAGAUGAGGUAGACUUCCAUUACAUCUGCUUUGUGAAAUCACCGGAUACCGGUCAUCUGUACGAACUGGACGGUGAUCGCAAGGGCCCCGUGGAUAGGGGCGUGCCGGACGAAGAGCAACGGGUUGAUCUUGGUCAAAAGUCGCUGGACAUUGUGCGUCAAUUCAUCGCACAAGGAGGAGACAACAUCGGUUUCAGUCUCGUGGCGCGUUGA